AUGAAUCAAAUUAAAUCAACUCUUUCCUCGUUAUCCCAAAACAAUGGAGCGAAUGAGGAUGACGAACAGGUUGUGAAAACAGUAAAUACCAUCAAACAUGUUUCAAGAGAACGAGCUAAAUUGACACCACGUACGCAUGAAGAGAGUGCUACAUUGAAUUGUUAUCAAAAUCACAAAAAAGUGCUGGAUAUUGUGUUCUGGAGUUUUUUAAUUGUUGGAGCUAUUGCAUUUGCUUUGAAUUCAAUUUUCACAAUUGUGGUGUUGAGUUUGACUCAGUCAACUAUUGCAACAAGAUAUGGAGAUUUAUAUUCAAUGGGAACAAAACAACCAGUAGUUAUUGAACGAGAACCAUCCGGUGUUAUUCACAUCAAAGCUCAAACUGACUAUGAUAUGUAUUUUGCACAGGGAUAUGUCACUGCUCAAGAAAGAAUGUUUCAGAUGGAACUGAAUCGUAGAAUUUUUAAUGGAACUCUUAGUGAGGUUGUUGGAUCUGCUGCAUUGUCUAUUGAUAAAUUUGCUAGAGUCAUGGGAUUUAGGGAUUUGGUGACUAAUGAUAUUAAUUCGGGAUUCAUAUCAAAGAGCUCUUUGGAUAUCGUUCAAGCUUUUGCAGAUGGAGUGAAUGCAUUUAUUGAACGAGCUCCUAUUGAAAAACUAGGUCCCGAAUUCAACCUUAUUUUCGGAUAUCGGCCACAGAAAUGGACAGUAAUUGACAGCAUUGGUUGGUGUAAGCUCAUUUCGUGGGAUUUAAGUUUAAAUAUUAAGAGCGAAGUGAUUAGAUAUGGAAUGUUGAAACAAGGCCUUUCAGUUUCUAGAAUUGAAAGAUUAUUCCCACCAAUGUCGACAUUCAGUAGAGAUAUUAAUGGUGCCUUUUCUCCAAAUAAUAUUACAACAAUUUUAACUAAGGAUGAUUUGAACUUGAAUACUGAUGUCGCUAGUGACUUAGCUCAGGAAUAUAGAUUAUAUUUCAAUAAUAGUGCUGCUUACAUUCCAAAGAAAGAUCCUAGUAGUAGAAGGGCAGAGAAAGUUUCAGAAAAUUCUUCACCUCACAAAGGAUAUUUCCAUUCUAUUGCUGAUAUUUAUGAAACCUUUAUUUCUGGAUUGAGAGAUUCAUCUGCUCAAGAUGCUCUCCGAGAUCAAUUAUUGAGAGUUAAUCAAGACCAACAAGAGUUAUUUGAACGAUUUUUAGCUCAACAAGAAGCAAGCAAUUCUUGGGUUAUUCACAAGAAUCACACAAGUACUGGAAAAUCAAUGCUGGCUAAUGAUCCUCAUCUUACAAUUUCAGCUCCAGGUAUUUGGAUUUUACUUCAUCUGCAAAGCGCAGAAUCAAAAACAGAUUUGCGAGGAUGCUCCUUUGUGAACACUCCUGGUAUUUCUCUUGGCAGAAACUCGGAUAUUGCUUGGGGAAUUACUGUUUCAGGUCCAGACAACCAAGAUUUAUAUGUGAUGAAAAUGAAUCCGUCGACUAGUAUUACAUCAAAUGACAUUACCAAAAACUCCUAUUACUAUACCUAUGACGGUGUUGCUCGUCCUUUCCAGUUUAAGUAUGAGCAAGUGAAAGUGAAGAAGGGAGGUAGUUAUGAUAUUGUGGAUGUUCCUGUAUUCAAAACGCAUCUUGGACCUGUUGUGAAUGAUAUUAUUGCUGGAUUAGAUAACAUUGAUUGGGCAUCUGCUGACACAAUGAUCACUAAUGGUGAUUUACACAGACCCAUUGUUUUACGUUGGAAAGCUCUCGAGUACAAUGACACCACCUUUGAUGGAUAUUUUAAAACCAUGAAGGCAAGAAAUUUUGAAGAGUUUAAGCAAGCACUUUCCCUUAUCACGUCCGUUUCUUGUAAUUACGUCUAUGCUGAUGAAAAUAAUAUUGGUAUGUUCCCAGCAGCCAUUUACGGAGCUACUCCUAUUCGAAGAACGGGUCACACUGGAGAGUUUCCGGUUCCAGGAGACGUUUCAACUUGGGACUAUGAUGGAUACGUUCCAUUUGAUAAGGUUCCAUAUGCAUUCAACCCCGCAAAGGGAUAUGUAGUGACAGCAAACAACCGAUUGGCUCCCUCUGGAUAUCCUUACCAGGUAACAAGCGACAAUGCUUUUGAGUUUAGGGCCAAAAGAAUUACUGAGCUUCUUGCAAGUUUGGUUAAAAACUCAACAUUACAAAAGAUUGGUUAUGAGCACAUGAUGGCUGUCCAAUUGGAUGGAAAAUCACUGGCAUUUGAGUCAUUGAGAUUUGCUUUUGUGAAAAUGUUGGAAACGUUAAAUUCCAAAAACGAAGACAAAACUAGUAAUUUAUACAAGUGGACUGAAAAGAUGACUGUAUGGGAUGGAGUUACAUCCUAUGGAUCCAAAGAGUCAUCAAUUUUCCAUUUGUUUUUAGCACAAGCUUCAUUGCUUCCAUUUGCAGAAACAAAAACUAGCUUGCUUAGAGCAGAUUAUCUCAAACAAAUCAUGAUGGACAACACAGAUGUUGCAUGUAGCUCAAAUGAGUACUCAUCAUGUAUUGAAUAUGGUAUCUAUGCAAUGAAGAAGGUACUUGAAUUCUGUCAAAACAAGUUUGGAGGGAUCCCAAGAUGGCAGCAAGAUAUUCACUACAUCAGUUUGGAACAUCAACUUCUCACCAAGUCACCUGUUCAGUGUUUUGUGAACCGUGUUAUUAGACCUAAGAUUGGAGGUGGUUGGCAAGUUCCUAAUAGUCAAACUGUGAGAUUUGAUUUAAAGACCCCAACAGAUAGCAAUCCAACGUUGAAUUCUUUUGAAGAUUUAAGAACCACUCACAGUGUCUCCUAUAGACAAGUAAUAACUUUUGGAAAUGACUAUUUCAUUAUUCCAUUAGGUAAUUCUGGAAAUCCAUUAGAUCAAGCCUAUGAUUAUUUGGCAGACAUGUGGGGAGGUGGAGAAUAUUUACCAAUGGUCACUUCAGGUUAUGUCACCAAAUAUAACAUUACCAUAUACCCUAGUUAA